GUUCGAGCGCCAAAGGCUUGGGGUGUAGCGCUCGCUUCGGCCUCGCUACCCCGAGGAUGGGGGACCAAUUACUGUUGCAGGGCCGUUUGUUGCCGGACAAAACCCUGGUAAAGUACGGAGACGACGAUGAGGAGGAGAUGGUUGAGGAUGAGGAGGAGGAGCCGUUCUUUGUGGACGCGGAGGAGCUGUAUACGGAAGGGCUGAGGUCGGGCGGCCUCCCCGCGCGCCAAUGGGUUGUAAUUGAAGAUGAAAAUACCACAAAGAAGGUUCAAGUGUUUGGACGGUUUCCAUUGAUUGGUCCGUGGUGGAAAGUUAAAGUAAAAGUAAAAGUUGUGAGAUCCCAGUACUUUACCGUUGGAUUGCCAUCUUACUUUUUACAGACAGACUUAUCUAAUCAAAGAGACAUUUGUGCACUUUUUCUUAAUGAAUGUGAAUUUCCAGAAAAUUUUAGAUCAGAUUUUUUAAAGUGGGUAUAUAAAAGAUCAAGUUUUCACAACUUGAGCUUUGCAAAUCUUCAAGAAGCACUCGAAGAUUUUGAAGAACAGCAAAAAGAAUCUUCACAGAGAAAAGAUGGAAAUUCUUCACAGGAAAAAAGUCAAAAUGUGCUGAAUAAAAAUCCAAUUGCUUUAAAAAUUGUAAUGAGAGCUUUGAAGUUUCCAAGAAUAAUGGAAUUCAUUCCAAUCCUUCUGCCUCGCCAUUUUCACAAUCUUCUGAACCUAGAACAUCCUAAGAGCUUAUUCAAAGACUUGGAAAAAAUUCUAAAUACAUGUCCAUGGAAACUUGGCUUUAGUAGAAUAACCUACAGAGAAUUGAAGCUUAGUGGGUGUGAAGCAACAUGGUUGGCAUUUUGUCAGUGUGAAUUUCUUUUCCAAAAAAUGAGUAAUUUGGAGAAGAAUGCAUUAAUAACAUAUAAUAAACUUAAACAGAUAUGUAGAGAAUAUGGACACACUUAUAUUAAAGAAGAUGAAUUAACUUCUAAGUUGUCUGGAAAGGUAUCAUUUCAAGAUGUUUGGUCUUCUCUGAAAUUUCUAAAAGAUAAUGGGAUAGUGACAAAUGAGAGAGAAUGUAUCUUUCUCAGUGAUCUUUAUGAAGCUGAAAGAGAUGUUGCUGCUUUGGUUCAUGAUCUUAUGACAUCACCAUCAUGGAAUUUAAAAGUGGAUGUGAAAGAAGUUCUUGCAUCUAUGGAGACCAGAAAAUCCAAGUAUGGAGAAAGAGAUGAUGCAGUGAACACAAGUAAACCUCAGGAAGAAAAAGCAGACAGCGAUGGUCAUGUUUUGGACAUGCAGAGCAAUAAUAGCCAAGUUUUUAAUUCUGAUGAAAAUGAAAUUGAUUUUGAAAUGCCAAACCAAGGACAACUGGAUCAGGAUCAGGUGGCUGCCCUGGAAAUGAUUUGUUCUAAUGCAGUGACAGUUGUCAGCGGGAAAGGUGGCUGUGGAAAGACCACAAUUGUUAGUCAUCUCUUUAAGUAUGUGGAGCAAAUGGAAGAAACAGAAGUUUGGAAAGCUUGUAAAGACUUUGAGCAAGAUCUAGAUGCACCAGAAGAAUGGAACACCUUUGUUCAUCAAAGUGAAUGGAAUUAUAAUAAGUGUAUAGAAGUAUUACUAACAGCACCCACUGGUAAAGCUGCUAGCUUACUGAGAGAGAAGACUCGCCUUGCUGCUUAUACAUUACAUCAGGUAAAGUACAGCUUCUAUUCAUGGCAGAGAACAAAUCGGAAAUUGGAGCACAAAAUUCCAUGGAAAUUUUCUUCAGUCAGAGUUCUUGUUGUGGAUGAAGGAAGCUUAGUUUGUGUUGCAAUCUUCAGAUCAGUUUUAAAUUUGUUGCGUAAACAUGCCAGACUUGUGAAACUGAUUAUCCUUGGUGAUAUCAGACAAUUACCUAGCAUUGAGCCUGGAAACUUGUUAAUGGAUCUAUUUGAGACUCUCAAAUCAAGAAACUGUGCUGUGGAGCUAAAAACUAAUCAUAGAGCAGAAUCUCAGCUUAUUGUGGACAAUGCAUCAAGAAUCUCUAGGCGACAGUUUCCAAAGUUUGAUGCAGAGUUGACAAUUUCCGUUAGUCUGGCUACCUCAAUCCCAAAUCAAAAUAAGAGAUUUAUUUUUGUCAGACUACCUGAAGAUAACAGUCAUUCUCAAUCAUCUCAAAGGAAUUAUCAAUCUCACUUGUAUUCUGCAGUGGAAACUUUACUUAAGGGAGCAGAAGAAUUAAGGAAGCCAGAUGCAUCACAGUUCAUUGCAUUUAGAAAACAAGACUGUGAUGUGAUAAAUCAAUGCUGUUGCAGCUUCUACUCAGGCCACUUAACAAAAAAUCAUAAAGGUAGACUUAUCUUCCAAAAAGAUGAUAAAAUCUGUUGUACCAGGAAUGCUUACCUUUCAGACUUACUCCCUCAACCUUCUAAUAGCCUUCAAAAUGAAAAUUUAGAGUUGGGCCACAUUGAAGAUCUUGAUGCUUAUAGUAAAAAAUCCAAGAAAUCCCAUGGUUCUGAAAAUGACAUUCGAUUAUGCAACGGAGAGAUAUUUUUCAUAACAAAUGAUGUGCAAAAUGAAAAUGGAAGAUUUUUGACUAUUAAUAAUAUGGCUGGUUUGGAGAUUACUGUAGAUUUCAAAAAACUAAUGAAUUUUUGCCAUAUUAGGCAUGCUUGGGCAAGAACAAUUCAUACAUUUCAGGGAUCAGAAGAAGACACAGUAGUUUAUGUCAUUGGAAAAGCUGGUCGACAACACUGGCAGCAUGUUUAUACAGCUAUAACUCGAGGUCGCUCUCGAGUGUAUGUUAUAGCAGAAGAGUCCCAGCUCCAGAAAGCAGUUAAGCAAAAUAGUUUUCCCAGAAAAACUCGUUUAAAACAUUUUUUGCAAAGAAAUUUUGCUGAUAGUUCUACAUUUCCAACAGAAAUAUCAUCCCCUUCCAAAAGCUAUGGACAAAGUAAAGGAUAUAGCUCUCAACCUUCAACAAGUCCAUUAGACCCAAUCAUACCUGAAACUGGUGAAAAUACUUUUAUUAAAACACAUGGCUCUGUAGAUAAGGAUGUGACAUCAGUUACAAGUAGAGAAGAGAAAUUGGUUUCAUCUGUGGAAACUGAUGAGGAAGAAGAUACAUCAGAGUUGAGAGGAACAAAGAGAACUACCACAAAUGACUUUGAAAGUCCAAACAAAUUACUUCUGAUGGAACAGACAUCUCCACUUGUAUCUGCCAGACUUCAAAAUAUGACCCUGAAUAGCUUGACUCCCAAGCAGCUCUUCAAAACUGCAAACAGAGAUGGAACUUAAUUUCUAACUGAAUAGAAUGAUUAUGAUGUAUUUUUGUCUUUGAUAAGAAAAUAUAUAAUAGUAUCUUUAAAUUAUGAUGGUGAAAUUGAUAAAGUGGAAUAUAGUAGCUACCUAUCUUCUGCAGGUGGAGAAGUCUUUUGGAGCCAAGACUGGUAAAUCAGGAAGAGAUCAACCUGUGGGUAAUUUUAUUUUUAGGUAAAACAAAACAGACUUGAAAGUGUGCCUGAAGGCAGCACCCAAAAUGGUGUUUAAAAAAAUGUUUUGAGGAAAGGUU